AUGUAUUCAGGAGCAAACUCAAACUUAGGUGGUCAGGGUAUCAACCCAGGAACUCGCGGCUCCCAACUCCAUAAUACAUUCCAGCCACAGCAACAACUUCAGCAGAACUAUUUGAAUCCAAACGCUUCUGGAUAUGGACAAGCCCCAUUCCAACAAAACCUUUCUAGAUUUAGUAAUACUCAGUCUAGCAGCUUCCAGCAACAGCAGCACCAACAACAGUUGCAACCGACACAGCAAGCAUUCCCAGUCCAACAAAUACCGGUGUCUCUCAACAAUGGACAGGCUACUCAGCACCAAAGCUUUAGUACGAUGGGGCAAGCCCCAUCGGUAUCCUCUCAAUAUCAUUUACAAGGCCAGACGCAACAGCUGCCCGCUCUACAGAUGCAGCAACCUCAGCCUACAGGGUUUGCUGCCAUGACUGAUAGUUUCAAAACUGAUCCUCCUACAGCUAGGGGACGUCGAGUUCAAAAAUCCCAUGUCGGGGCUAGAAUACCGAACAUAAGAUUGUCAUUUAUCACCGCUCAAGAUCAGGCAAAGUUUGAAACUUUGUUCAAAUCUGCUGUUGGCCAAGGGCAAACACUCUCUGGAGACAAAUCAAGAGACUUACUUCUGCGAUCAAAGCUAGACGGGAACAGCCUAUCUCAGAUAUGGACGUUGGCUGACACUACUCGGGCGGGCCAGUUACAUUUUCCCGAGUUUGCACUUGCAAUGUACCUCUGCAAUCUAAAGCUUGUCGGAAAACAAUUACCAUCUACCCUACCAGAAAACAUAAGAAAUGAGGUUUCAAGCAUGGUUGAUAUCAUCAAUUUUGGGGUAGCAGAUGAUGGAUCAGAAAUAAAAACCAACAUAAACGGCCCUGGAUUUUCUCAUCGGGAAGAUCUACCCUCACUACCAGUCUUACAACAACCCCAGCCAAUACAGUCAAAUGCUACUCUAUUAAAUACACAGAUGACGGGGUUUGUAGGCCAGAUAGAAAAUACACAGGGUGGAUACCAACACCAGGCUGCAUUUCAGCACUCGAUGCCUACCGGAUAUAACCAGGGCUUGCAGCCAAUAUCAACCAGUUAUCAAAAUCCUCCCAACUCAUCCAUUACGAACUAUAACAGCUCCCUCCAACCAGUGCUGCCAAUGCAAACAGGAUUUAGCCUAGGUCAGAACUUCUCCAGUCAAGUAAAUCCAGGAGGUAACAUAGCACCGCUGGGUACUCAACCUACCGGAAUCAACGGCCAAUGGGGAUUUGUGAAUGCACCUGAAACUGGCUUACCUAAUAUAGACCUUCUCCAGUCUCGAAUGAUGCCACAGCAAGGUCGCGAACAAGGAAUAUUCACGACCUCGGGCCUUCAGGGAAAUGCAGUUAUACCUUGGGCGGUAACAAAAGAAGAAAAGAAAAGAUAUGAUACUGUAUUCAAAGCGUGGGACGGGUUCGGAAAAGGAUUUAUCGGUGGGGACGUUGCUAUUGAGGUGUUUGGCCAGAGUGGCCUUGAGAAGCCGGACUUGGAACGAAUAUGGACUCUUGCUGACAAUGGAAACAAAGGUCGUCUUAACAUGGACGAAUUUUCUGUCGCGAUGCAUCUAAUCUACCGAAAACUCAACGGAUAUCCAAUACCUGCGCAACUUCCUCCAGAGCUUGUACCACCUUCUACCAGAAAUUUUAAUGACUCUAUUGGCACUAUUAAAUCUCUACUUUAUCAGGAAUCAGACUUACGGAAAAAUUCUGGUGCAAAUUUACUUCCCCAGAAAACAGGCGUCAGCUACCUUAAAAACCAUUCCUUAAGAGGCGAAUUCAGCCUUGCAGGUAGUGGCCGGAAAGAUGCCACAGUUUACAAGAACAACGAUGAUGAUGUAGGAUACAAAUCAAGCGCCCGUCGGCGGAUAGGUAACAAUAUCCAAUUUUUAGCUUCUACAUCUACUACGCGCGAUACCGAUAUUUCCGUUGAACAGCUUAGGAAAAAUAUUCGAGAGAAGCAAGUGCUUCUAGAGUCAAUGGUUUCCAAGGAUGAGAAGGCUUCUGAUGAGAAAGAUGCGCUCGAUCGCAGGGAAAGCCGUGAAGCUGAAGUCCUUUACCAACAAAUUCGACGUAUCCAGGAAGAUAUAAACUCGCAUCCGAGCUCACUUGCUGAAAAUGUUGACAUAAUCACUGAGCGCCGGAUCUUGAAACGCCGACUACAAUCUCUCACUGAAAAACUUCCCGAGAUCGCAUCAGAGGUUCGUAACACAGAAAGAAAAAUUGCUGACGCUAAGUUAGAGCUUUUUCGGAUAAAGGAUACCAAGGCACAUCCAGGUAGUGCUUUGUCUAUCGUAGGUACUGGGCCCGGAGGAUCAAUCACAGAAUCGGACCGAUUGAAGGCAAGAGCUAAAGCCAUGAUGCAACAACGCUCUGCAGCAUUAACUGGAAAGAAAUUGCCAUUAAGCAGUGAUGAUUUCGAUGCCCCAAAUCGAUUAGAAGAGGAAAAAUCUAAGAUAAGUUCAGAAAAAGAUAACAACGAGCGUAUGGUAAGAGACGUCGAGGAUAGUGUUCGUGAAUUUUCGCAAAGCCUUCAAGAGAGUCUAUCCAAGGACACUCAAGACAAUAGGAACGAAUACGAUAGAAGUAAAUGGGAAGAAGGUCUUGGUGUUGAAGAUGAGGUCAAAGACUUUAUUCUAGAAUUGGGACGGUCAAAUCGAACAGCUCGCUUUAGAGCAGAAGAAAGCAGCAGUAAUAAAAAUUAUCGUCAAGCGUCUUCCCAAAGAUCUGAGAACCAUUCUUCAUCUCUAUCUAAUUCAACACCAAUCAAGACAUCUACUCCUACUCAGGUAGCUAGUGCUACUUCACACGCAAAACUCGAAGACCGAGCAGCAUAUAUCAAACAACAAGCUGAACAGCGAAUGGCCGAACGCCUAGCAGCGCUUGGCAUCAAGGUCCCAACAAAACAUGUCGAAUCAAGCCAACAAAGAUUAGAACGCGAGAAGAAAGAACGAGCUGCAAAGCUAAGACAAGCAGAGGCCGAAGAUAUGAAGCGCGAGGCUGAAAGGCAAGCAAGAAUAACAGAAGAACAAGCUGGAAAUAUAUCUCUACCAAUUGCUCCUGAGCCGAAACAUUCAUCAAAAAAUCCACCCCCACCACCUUCCAGGAAAUCUAUUAAAGGUGUAACUAAGAGUCUCGAGAAAAGUGAUCAAGUCCCACCUGGGUUAAAAUUACAUGAAGUUUCCCCACAAACUCUUGUGGAUGAUGUUGCCCAGCAAGAAGUCGAAUUAGUCAAGGAACGAGAAGCAUCAGAGUCGCGCUUAAAAGCUUUAGAGGAACAAGUAAAAGCAGGAAAGUUAAAGAAAGAAGAAGAAAAAAGGAAGCGAAAGGCGGCACAGGCAGAGAUGCGAGAAAAGGAAUCUAGACUAGCGGCCCAACGCGCUGAGAUUGAAGCAGCUCAAGCUCGGGAACGAGAAUUACAGAGGCAGCUUGAAGCUAUAGAUAAAGAUGACGAUGAAGACAAUUUAUCUGAAGACGAAAUUCCUGAAGAGAUAAUUAGAAAGGCGCCUCCUGAGCCAAGUCAAGAAAAUAAUGAUAUAAAUGUUUAUAUGACAUCACCAUCUUCACCACCACCACUGCCACCACCAUCACUCAAGCUAUCUCCCACUUUUGCCUCGACAUCAAUUGUAUCAUCUACUCCUUCCCCAGUCAAUACUCCAACCGAAUUCGAGACGAAUAACCCAUAUCUAACGAAGGUAGCUCAAGCCGAGCCUGAAUCAAUAUCUUCAAAUCAAUCAAACAACCCAUUCCAUCGGAUUUCACAAGAGCCAGCAACUCAAACAAUGGUUCAACCAACAGGAGGCAGAAAUCGUGCGCGCCCAGAGGAUGAUGACUGGUCUGUUGUAGACUCCGACCGCGAGGAUGAGUCCUCGGAUGAUGAUGGACCUGGAGCGGGCAAUGCUCGCCAGUUAGCUUCUAUUCUAUUUGGAACCAUGGAACCACCUCGCCCAAUGUCGGCGACAGGUGGACAGGAUGUUUCACCUAAUACUCAUUUAACUGAAGAUUUUUCUCCAUCACUUCUUACUUCAUCACAGGAUCCUCCAGUUCCGGCAUCAUGUAGUGGUCCACCAGCUCCCCCUCCACCCCCACCUCCGCCGCCUCCACAUCCACUUAUCAGUGAUGGAGCGCCUCCUCCGCCACCUUUACCCGCCCCUGGACUUCAAAAUAUUUCAAAAAUAUCACAAACACAUGGCACUUCAACGGGAGGGAGACCAACUGCACUUUUAGGUGAGAUUCAGAUGGGUAAGACACUAAAGAAGACAAAAACUUGUGAUAAAAGUGGGGCAUCUGUCGCUGGUCGUGUUUUGGACUGA